AUGCGUGCAACAUUUUUCUUAGCCUGCCGUAUGAAGAUCACGGUGCAGUCAUCCAAGUCCAUCAAGCCUGACUAUGGCGGCCACCGCCCGGUGGCUCCUCCGUUCACGACGAACGUCGUCCCGCUCUCAGUGUUCGACAAGGCCAACUUGGACACGCAGGUCUCCGUCAUCUACGCCUUCCACCCGCCGGCCCCGCCCAACGGCGUCCUCGAGGCCGGGCUCGCCAGGGCCCUCGUCGAGUACCGCGAGUUCGCCGGGCGUCUCGCCCGGGACGCCGACGGCAGCCGCCGCGCCAUCCUCCUCAACGACGCCGGCGCGCGGUUCGUCGAGGCGACGGCCGGCGUGGCGCUCGGCAGCGUCAUGCCGCUGCGGCCCACUCGCGCGGCGCUGAGCCUGCACCCGAGCGGCGGCGACGAGCUGAUGCUGGUCCAGGCCACGCGGUUCGCGUGCGGGUCGCUCGUCGUCGGCCUGACCGUGCACCACACCGUCGCCGACGGCCGCGGGUUCUGCAACUUCAUCCUUGCGUGGGGCCAGGCCACGCGCGGCGCCCCCGUCGACCCCGCCCCGGUGCACGACCGGACGUCGUUCUUCCCGCCGCGCAGCCCGCCUAAGAUCGAGCACGAGCACCGCCGCGCCGAGUUCAAGCCAUACGACGCCCGCAAGGACGACGACGCCGGCGGUGGCGGCGGCGAGGAGGAGGAGGUGGUGGUAGAGAGGGUGCACUUCAGCGCGGAGCGCAUCGCGAAGCUGAAGGCGCAGGCGUCGUCGGCCGGGGCGCGGCACAGCACGAGCACGGUGCAGUGCGUGCUGGCGCAUCUGUGGCGGUGCGUGACGCGGGCGCGCGGGCUCGACGGGGGCGACGCCACCGCCCUGCUCAUCGGAGUGGACGGGCGAAGGCGGAUGAGGCCGCCGGUGCCCGACGGGUACACCGGCAACGUGGUGCUCUGGGCGCGGCCGACGGCCACCGCGCGAGAGCUCGUGGACAUGCCGCUGCGCCACGCGGCGGAGCUCAUCGGCCGGGCGGUUGCGCGGGUCGACGACACCUACUACAGGUCCUUCAUCGACUUCGCCUGCUCCGGGGCCGUGGAGGAGGAGCGGCUGGUGCCGACGGCCGACGCGGCGGACAUGGUGCUGAGCCCGAACGUCGAGGUGAACAGCUGGGUGCGGCUGCCGUUCUAUGACCUGGACCUGGGGGGUGGCCGGCCCUUCCUCUUCAUGCCCAGCUACGUGCCGGUGGAGGGCGUGGCCUUCCUCGUGGCGUCUUCCGCCGGCAGCGGCAGCGUGGACGCCUACGUUUCCCUCUUCCGCCGCGACAUGGAUGCCUUCAGGAACUGCUGCACAUCCGGCCUCUCAAAACUCUAG